AUGGACGCACUAUCUAUACUAGUCCACGCAACCAUAUGGCUUGUCUGGCUAACAGCGCUUUAUAUGAUCCUCACGCCCUUGUCUGACCCUCCCUCGCCGCUGCUGGACCUUCCUCCCGAACGUCUUCAAUUUCUCAAGGACGAGCUCUCAUCAUCCGAUAGCCGAUGCGCACGUAUUCUGAAGCAACAGAUAGAGGAAAUCAAAGAAAAUAUAGAGAUUCAGCGAAAGUUGGAUCAGAAUAUUGCAGACGAGAGUCAGAAGAUCAAGACGGCUGUGCAACGACUCGUAACAGCGAUGUUGAAAUCCCGGCCUUCUGGAGUCGGUCCGGUACAGUCGCGGAAGACAACUUUACAGCUUCGCGUCUUCCCAGAAGAAAUUCCUUCUGAUGUAGCCUUUGGCUAA